CACUAACCCCUGAGGGGUCCUCGACGGGGACGCAAUAACUAGGGCGACCCCUCUGAUUGACUGGCUUCUCCAUCAAUCAGUUCCCGGAAACCUUUAAUGGGCCCGCCCCCUGAGUGGCCGACAGACCAAUAAAAGAAGAGCAAGCUCUAAGGGGGCGGUAAUAGGACAGGGUAGGUUGUGGCGGUUCCCCAGGUUGUACGUGGAGGGGGUUGAGGAGUCUACGGGUGUCCCGACGAUGUCCUGACAAGGCGCGGGAACAGCAGUGACAACGUGCAGAACCCUCCCCACCCCGCGAAGGAGGGCUGCUGCCACUGGGGCUGUGGGAUGAGGCGGCAGAAGAGAUCUGGAAGACCUGGUGAUGUGUUCCUCCCUUCAACUAGAGACCUUUGAAGAGAUCCCGGGAGGAGGCCCCGCCGCUUCUGCAUGACACAGUCGGGCUGCUGCGGCUGAGGCCUCCCGACGGCCACGGGCUCCUCGAAGAACCAGGAUUCCGGCUGGACGUUUGUUAAUUCCUACCUGCUUUUCAACUGAAGGAGAAAAAAAGAAGGGGAAGCACGCCCGGACGACUCGGCUUCACUUCAGGCUUUAGCAGGAAACUGGGCUUCAAUCCUUGGGUCUUGUCCAUCCCCCAUUCCACGAGGAGAGCUUUCAGACCUCUCUGGAGGAAAGGGGUAGAGGGGCUGACGGCCUGGACUUUAAUCUACUGCUCUGACGUUUCCCCUAAAGGUUUACGGGCUUUAUUGCACCGAAGCCUGGAACCUGAGAGAAGAUAUCUGCCCUGACUCAUCGCCCUCCCCAAAGGGGAGGAGGACACCCCCCCCCCCAUGAAGCACUGAAGCUAAGCAUUCUCAAAUUCUUUUAAGAAGCGAGUGACCUAUGGAGGAUUGAAGGACCAUUUUACCUCCCCUCCCCCUCCUCAGCCUACCUGGCUUCUGUCUCCUAGGGGAGAGGGGGAUCCUCUCGACCCUGAAAUCUGCCUUUGGAGGGUUUUGGCAAACCGUCUUUUUCUGAAGGAACAUUCGCAUACAGCUGGUGCAGGCCAUGAAUAGCAGCAGCACUUCCCACUCUCCAGUUCCCAGAGUCGGGUAUCUAGGAGAUCAAUAGAGGAAAGGUGGGGGUGGGGUGGGAAGCAGCACUAUGGCUGCUGCCAGCGGCUACACCGACUUACGUGAGAAACUCAAGUCCAUGACAUCCCGGGAUAACUACAAACCCAACAGCCGGGAGGCUGCCGUGGUGGCCGUUGCUGCUGCAGCUGCAGCUGCUGAGCCCUACACCAUCCCGGCCAAACGUAAAUACCAUGAAGACUCAGAUUCAGACCGUAGUGACUACGAGGAGCAGAAAGAAGAGGAGGCCCGCAAAGUGAAGAGUGGCAUCCGGCAAAUCCGCCUCUUCAGCCAGGAUGAAUGUGCCAAAAUCGAGGCCCGCAUCGACGAGGUUGUGUCCCGAGCAGAGAAGGGGCUGUAUAAUGAGCACACCGUGGAUCGGGCCCCCCUUCGCAACAAGUACUUUUUUGGAGAGGGCUAUACCUAUGGAUCCCAGCUGCAGAAGCGAGGUCCAGGCCAGGAGCGGCUCUAUCCACCUGGGGACGUGGAUGAAAUCCCGGAGUGGGUACACCAGCUGGUGAUACAGAAGCUAGUGGAGAACCGUGUCAUCCCUGAAGGCUUUGUCAACAGCGCAGUAAUCAAUGACUACCAACCAGGAGGCUGCAUUGUCUCACAUGUGGAUCCCAUCCACAUCUUUGAGAGACCCAUAGUCUCUGUCUCCUUCUUCAGUGACUCCGCCCUCUGCUUCGGUUGCAAGUUUCAAUUCAAGCCCAUCAGGGUCUCUGAACCUGUGCUGUUCCUGCCUGUGAGAAGAGGGAGUGUGACUGUGCUCAGUGGAUAUGCUGCUGAUGAAAUUACCCACUGCAUACGACCGCAGGAUAUAAAGGAGCGUCGAGCUGUCAUCAUCCUUAGGAAGACAAGACUGGAUGCCCCACGAUUGGAAACAAAGUCCCUGGGUAACUCUUUGUUGCCCUCUGGUUAUAAUUCUGAUCGUCUGUCAGGAAGUAACAGGGACCAGAUCCUGAAACCAAAGCGGUCCCACCGAAAAGCAGAUCCAGAUGCUGCUCAUAGGCCACGAAUCUUAGAAAUGGACAAGGAAGAGAACCGUCGCUCUGUCCUCUUACCAAAACACAGGAGGAGGAGCAGCUUCAGCUCUGAGAACUAUUGGCGAAAGUCUUAUGAGUACACAGAAGACUGUGGGGAGGAGGAUGGGAGCCCAGCCCGAAAAGUGAAGAUGAGGAGACACUGAGAAACGAGCAAAAAGACUCAGUCUGCAGAAACCAGCCUCCCUUCUGUGAAAACUUUCUUUGGCUGUUUCUCAUAGCUUUUUUUUCCCCUCGAGAGUUUUUUUCUUCAUUUUAGGGCUGAAGAAAGGAACUGGGACAGGAUCUGGAUUUUUUUUUUGUUCACUUAUUUUCCUGAAUGGAAAUUAUAUUGAGGCAUCUUUGUUGCUGGGGAGCAUUGGUUACCACCUGGUCAGUUAGAUGGGCAUUUUGCCCUCACCAAGCAGAUAAAAGUUCAAGCUGUGCUAGGCUGUGUUUAUUUAAAACACCAAAAAUGUUUUACUGUUUCACUGCUGAAGAUUCAAGAAAUUAGUCCUUUUGCUUUAAUUGUAAAUUUUUUUAAAACGUUCUAAAUAUAUUGUUUGACCCCCUAGAGUUGAAACUUGGUCAUGGCCUCUUCAUGCUUUACCAACUUUAGAGCAGGGCUUACUAAGAAGCCUUAGGUCUCCUGUUGAUUUCUUUUUCUAACCUGCCAUUUGGUAACUGGAAUCUUGAAGUUUGCAAAUUGUUUUUCCUGCAACAGAGUUCCAAGUUGCUUAGGACAUCUAGCUGAUAGCUUAAGUGGCCACUGCACCAGUUGUUCUGUUUUCUCCCAAAUGUGCAGUUGUCAAACUUCUCGGCCAGUUCUUGACCAUUCCCAAUGUCCCAGGAGAACGGUGGGGUGGUGGCACUGGAACAGAGCCCUUCGCUGAAGUAGCAUGAUUUUGUUCAUAGAUAUCUCUUUUCAUGCAUUUGGACAUAUGUGUGAAUAUUUGGAUAAGUUAGAGUCUUCUCAUGUUUUGGUCGGUUUUAGAAAUUUUUCUAGCAAGAAGGACUCUUGUCCUUCCAAGUCUAGGGUUUGGAAUAUGGAAGUGUCAUGGCGUGUGGUGGGUUUUUGUCUAAUCUUUUUUGUCUUCACUCUUUGCCUUCUUUCCUGAUGAGGACCUAGCCUGGGAAAGGUCUACAUGUUACAUGUUCCACAUUUGGCGGUCUGUUUUCUGGGUCCCCCUUAGAGAAGGCUCUUCUUUCUCUGCUCUCCCUCUCCCCGAGUGUAAGGACUUUAGAGGGUGUCAGCUUCUGAAAAUUCUUUCUCCUUUCUGUUAGCCUUUUAAUUCUAAUAGAAAGGAGAAUUUCCACAGGUUCCCAUGACGUGGCAUUGGCCAUGAGGGGAGAUGAGAAAAGAGUUGACUCUGGUGGGAAUUUAUCUAUCACCUUGGAUUAUUUCAACACUUCAUCAGUUUCUUGGGAGGGUUGUAAGAGUUGUGAGUAAGGGGAAGAGCCUUUUUAAUACAUUUUUAAAAUUAAAAAAAAACAACUUUAGCAAUUUUCAAUGAGUCAGGCCUAUUAAAACUGAAGUCUUAUUCAUUUGGAUCUGCUAGGAAUUCUUAGUAGAAACAGGGCUCCAUUGGCCAUAAAGAUGACUCAGGAGAAACCUGACUCCUGCUGCUAAGACCUUAACUUUUUCUUUUCCCACGUGGUCCUUCUCUCUGUUCUGUCCUGUUGACUUUACUUGUCUGAGGCCUCGAAGGCUCUGGAGGUUUGGGGUCUAGUGAUAAAUUUAGAACCCUCUUUUAAAAUAUAAAUUAAAAAAAACUUCUCAGAUUUUGAUUCCUUGAAUCUGGAUUUAAGUACUAAAGCAGUUGCAGCUUUAUUUUUUUUACAGCUUUUUUCCCCAAAAAAUUAUUUGUAGUUUUGUGUGUUUGGCACUUUGCUAUGAUCUGUGUGCUCUACAAUAAAAACAAAAUCUAAUAUAUUUUGAAA